UGAACGGCCGUUGCGCGCUCCCGAUCAUAAAACCUCUGACGCCUUCAUCCGGGAACCUCAACGAACUCGUUCUCCAACAUGGCGGCGUCAGCUAAGAAGAAGAAUAAGAAGGGGAAGACCCUAACUCUGAAUGACUUUCUGGCCGAAGACGGUGCCGGCAGCGGCGGCAAUCCUAAUGUAGCCCCAAGCUACCCGUCCAAGUCUACCAGCUGGGCUGAUGAGACGGACGACUUGGAUGGAGAUGUCUCGACAUCGUGGCACACGGAGGAGGAUAUGUACAGGGCCCCGCCCAUCGACCGCUCCACCCUGCCCACGGCCCCGCGCUCUGCUCGUGAGCCAAACAUCGACCGGUCCAAACUGCCCCGCAGUCCGCCUUACACGGCCUUCCUGGGCAACCUGCCUUACGAAGUCACCGAAGAAUCCAUUAAAGAUUUCUUCCGCGGCUUGGCAAUCAGUGCAGUGCGCCUGCCGCGAGAGCCCAACAACCCAGAGAGGCUGAAAGGAUUCGGCUACGCUGAGUUUGAUGACCUGGAGUCUCUUCUGAGUGCCCUCAGUCUGAAUGAAGAGAACCUGGGGAAUCGAAGGAUUCGUGUUGAUAUUGCAGGCCAAUCUAACGAUAAAGAACGAGACGGUGGGUCCAUGGGAGGCAGGGACAGGGGUGGACGCAUGGCAGACAUGGGUCCUGACAAGACGGACAGUGACUGGAGGGCUCGACCCAGUGCAGACGCUGAUGACGGACCUCCAAGGAGAGAUGAUCCAUUUGGAGAAAAAUCACGGGACCGCUACGAGUCCGAUCGUUACAGAGAUGGCCCGCGGCGAGAUAAUGAUCGCUAUGACAGUGGGAGAGACCGCUACCGGGAUCGCUAUGACGACAGGGACCGUAAGGAUCGCUAUGAUGACAGGGAGCGCUAUGAUGACAGGGACCGUAGGGAUCGCUACGACAACAAGGACCGCAGGGACUUCAGUCAAGGGGGCUACGACUCUCGUGGUGGAGGAAGUCGUCGUGCCUUUGGUAGCGGCUUCCGCCGAGAUUACGAGGAUGGUCGGGGGAGCAGCGAUCGUUACGGUGAGCGGGAUCAUUAUGGGGACCGGGAGGACCGGUAUGAGCGACGGGAGGAGAGAGCUCCUCAGCAAAGACCCAAGCUGAACUUGAAGCCCCGCAGCGUACCGAAGGAGGAAGAAGGUACCGGCAGCAGCGGGAGCACAUCUCCAGCCGUCGCCCCCAGCUCCGGCAGCAGGGCCUCCUCCAUAUUUGGGGGAGCAAAACCAGUUGACACAGCGGCCAAGGAAAGAGAGGUGGAGGAAAGGCUGAAGAAAGAAGAAGAAAGGCUGCAGAGGCAGCUAGAAGAGGACAAAACCAGAGGACCUGAAAGAAAGAUGAGGGACAGGGACCCUAGCUGGCGUAAUGAGGAAACUUAUGGUGAACGAUCCCGCACAGGAAGUGAAUCUUCACAGCAAGGAAGAGGAUCAAGGUGUCGAGACAGCGAGCGCCCUGGGGACAAUGAAGUUUUCUCUGGGAGAGAAGAGAGUUCCUCUCCUGGUUCCUCACCGCUGCCCCCCUCCACCAGCUCCUCAAAGGAGCCUCUGAAAGUGAUGCCUGCUCCUCCUCCUAAGGAGAACGUGUGGGCCAAGAGAAGUGCGGUGAGCACAGGCUCCGUUGAUGGCGACCCGCGACAGCCAGCCUCUCCAGUCUCACCAGGGGGUUCGACCCCCCCCAAGUUUAGUUCCUCGAGUUCUGCAGAUGAAAGAGGAUCUGGAAAGGAUGAGAACAAAGCUGACGGUGUGCGUCGGGACCGGGGGAUUCCGCGGGGACGAGGGGGGCCCGGAGCUGGGCGAGGCCGAGGUGAAGUCCCCAGCAAAGACCGAAGAAAGGAGGCAGACAGAAAGGACAACAAAAAAGACUCCAGACCACCUCCAGAGCCAAAGAAACACGAAGACACCCCCACCCCUAAGUUCAGCUCAGCCAGCAAGUACGCCGCCUUGCUAAUGGAUGGAGACGAUGCCGAGGAUGUUGAGUAAACGACGAACGAGGAGAGAAGAAAUUUACAAACUCAAAAAAUAAAUAAAUAAAUACAUUUAAAAAAUCUCAGUUUAUGGUUGAAAACCCGCAUCUGUGGGCGAGGUACAACCUCCUUAUCGUUUUCCUUUUUGCUUCCUUCUACCAAUGACCUGCCCUUUUAAUUUCAGACACCCCCCUCCCCGCCCUGCCCUGCCUUCAGGACUUGUCAGGUUCUAGCGACUAGUCACUUACAUGACUUGUUUUAAAUGGAGAAGAGGAAUGGCUGACACAUUGAAAAAGUGAUGGCAAACAUUGAAUUGAUUGUAAUAAAUGGAACAAAGUGAGGAAAAGGUGAAUCUGUAUGUUUGUGGUUUGCAGGUGUGGUGAGUCGGAGCAUGUAGAUGUAGCUUAUUUGGGUUUGACUUGAUUCAUUCUGGCAAACACACACGUUUAGUCCCAACCCUCGUCUACGGCCUGGUAACGGUUAGGGGUUUAAAAAUCGUAGCCUGAACCCUGUCUUCCAGUAUUAACACACCUGAAUGUUGACUUGCUAAUUUUAAAACCUCUGCCAAUCACAAAUAUGGAUUAAAAAGAUGAUUAGAUAUUUGAAUUUGUUCUGAAAUGAUCCAGCCCAGUAUUAAAAGAACUGAAGCCACCAGGAGAUUCUUAGAGAAUCCAAGUGCCAUUACUCUUCCCCAUCAGCAAACCUCAGCUAAAGGCCCCUAGAGGUCUCAUUUCCAGCUGUGUGGAAUCCCUACAGCUCAUCUUCCUUCGUACCUCUGAUGCUGAUUUGCAGGAAUAACAAAAGUUCUUGAUUUUUGCCAAAGGAGAGUUUGGGGAUUUUCCAUGAAAUGACACAAGCUUGUCUUCCGGUUUGCAAUAAAUUGGAGUGAUGUACUUUCCAA